CGAUGGCCCCGAGCGCGGGACAGCGGGGGCUCUGGAGCCCGCUGCCAGGGCUGCUGCUCUUGGCGGCGUUGAGCCGGCCCGCCGCGCCCUGCCCCUUCCAGUGCUACUGCUUCGGCAGCCCCCGGCUGCUGUUGCGCUGCGCGUCCGGCGCGGAACUCCGGCAGCCGCCACGGGACGUGCCGCCCGACGCGCGCAACCUCACCAUCGUGGGCGCCAACCUGACCGUGCUGCGCGCGGCCGCCUUCGCGGGAGGGGACGAGGAGGCGACGGACGGCGUGCGCCUGCCGCUCCUCACUGCGCUGCGCCUCACACACAACAACAUCGAGGUGGUGGAGGACGGCGCCUUCGACGGCCUGCCCAGCCUGGCGGCGCUCGACCUGAGCCACAACCCCCUGCGCGCUCUGGGCUCCCGCGCCUUUCGCGGGCUGCCUGCGCUGCGCUCGCUGCAGCUCAAUCACGCGCUGGCACGGGGCGGCCCCGGGAUGCUAGAUGCACUGGACGCCGCGCUCGCCCCGCUGACCGAGCUGCGUCUGCUGGGCUUGGCAGGCAACGCGCUGAGCCACCUGCCGCCCGCCGCGCUGCGCUUGCCGCGCCUGGAGCAGCUGGAUGCGCGAGUCAACGCUCUGGCCGGUCUGGGCCCCGACGAGCUGCGCGCGCUAGAGCGCGAUGGCGACCUGCCCCAGCCGCGCCUGCUGCUGGCGGACAACCCGCUGACCUGCGGGUGCACUUCGCGCCCCCUGCUGGCCUGGCUGCACAAUGCCACGGAGCGCGUACCCGACGCGCGCCGCCUGCGCUGCGCUUCCCCGCGCGUCCUGCUCGAUCGGCCUCUGAUGGACCUGGACGAGGCGCGGCUGGGCUGCGCCGACGGCGAUGCUAACGAGCGCGGGGAAGAGGUGGACGUCGCCGGCCCGGAGCUGGAAGCUUCUUAUGUCUUCUUCGGGCUGGUGCUGGCGCUCAUCGGCCUCAUCUUCCUCAUGGUGCUCUACCUAAACCGCCGUGGCAUUCAGCGCUGGAUGCGCAAUUUGCGCGAGGCCUGCAGGGACCAAAUGGAGGGCUAUCAUUACCGCUACGAGCAGGAUGCAGACCCGCGCCGUGCGCCCGCUCCAGCUGCCCCAGCCGGCUCCCGGGCCACUUCCCCGGGUUCAGGUCUUUGAGCCUCACCUCCCUGAUGGGAGGCUGUCCCUGUCAGCUGAUGACUUUACUGGGGCCACCCAGCUUUCCCCUGCCUGGCCUGAGCCCCGGAGAUGACACACCCACAAGUUUGGAUCUCUGACACCUUUGGGUCGAAACAUCUCUCCCACCCCAAAGUUCCCUAAGUGUACUCUUUUUCCCUGGCCUGAGAGUUUCCAGGUCAAAAACCCAGAGACGCCCCCAUCUGUUUCUGGAAACAAAUCUGCUUGCCUGUCUUUCUCGGACCAUUGAAAUCCCUUCUCCUUAGCUAGGCUCACCCAAAGACCCUGCUCUUCCAUUUUGAAAUCUCUAGCACUCUCCACCACUAUACAUGCUUUGAGCCAGACACCCUGCUAGACUGCACUGACCUCUGUCCCCAGC